AUGGAUUCGGAUAUGUUGGAGAAGCGAUUCCUAAAGAUCACGAAAAGAUUCGCGAAGUUGAGUGGUAUUUGGCCCGAUCAAAAUAAGUAUCUCAAAUACAUUUCGUGGAUUAUUAUAUACGUUAUUAGUAUACCUUCUGUCGUUGUACAGGUAGCAAGGAUUGUACAUAUAUCUACUGUAAACGUGAUAGUAGAGCAAUCAGGUAUUGCAACUGCGAUAUUUCUGUUGCUAUUGAAAGAGGCUAACUAUAUUUUGAAUGCAACGAAGGUUAAGUCUUUGUUCAACGAUAUGUACAUGGAUUGGAUGAUGGAUCGGCCGAAAGAAGAACUUGAGAUUAUGUCAACAUAUGCCCAAAGAGGAUCUUUUCUUGCAACGUUCUAUCUUAUAAACGCAUAUUGUUGCUCACUUUUAUUCUUACAAGUGCCAUGGACAGCUCGUUUGUCGUACAUGAUAAAAUCACAAAACACGUCCCCGCCUAUGUUACAUGUCAUACCAGGUUACUAUUUUGUCGAUGAUGACCGCGACUAUUAUUACCUCAUCCAACUGCACAUGAGCCUUUCGAUAAUCAUGGUGGUUAUCGUGUACGUCGCCUAUGACACUUGUUACAUGGUAUUCGUGCAACAUGUUUGCGGAUUAUUGGCCGUGGCCGGAUAUCGAUUCAAACACGCGAUCGACGAUUCUGCUUCGAAGAAUUCCGAGGAAAAGAUAAGAGAGACGUGUAAAAGAAUACGUUCCUCUAUUCAAGGGCACGAACGAGCUAUAAGGUAUUUAAAGAAAAUCGAGGAUACACAUGUUAAUUUACUUUUUAUAUCUUUGGGUCUGAUAAUCAUGUGUUUUAGUAUCACGUUACUAAAGGUCGUUACGAUGGACUAUUGUUUGGAUUUUUAUAAAUAUUCCAGCUUUUUGAUCGUUCAAUUGAUGCACUUGUGCUAUGUGAUGAUUCAAGGACAAUUCGUGAUAGAUUCGUGCAACGAGAUUUACUGUUCAAUAUACGAAGCGUCAUGGUACAAUAUCAAUCCAAAAAUACAAGCAUUAUACAUAUUCGCAUUGCGAAGAAGUCUAACUCCACCUCGUUUAACCGCUGGUGGUUUAAUAGAAUUGAAUAUGCAAAGUUUCUCAGAAGUAAUAAAACUAUCUGUUUCGUAUUAUACAGUAUUAAGAUCGACGUAA